AAUUAAGCAAAAAACUUGGAGGAGGCAAAAUCACGAGUAAUUAAAUCUUUCUUUCCCCCCUCUCUGUUUACUGUGCUGUUGCCUGUUGUGUGUGCUACUAUUUAAUUCUUACAUAGAUUCAUCGGUAUUUUUGAAGCUUUCUCUCUUCCCAACCAUGGCUAUCACCUGAUUUAUUAAUAACCAAAAGGGAAAGAGCUAUUUGAACAGAACGCGAGAGCGAGAGCUUGAGCGAGAGAGAGAUCAAGGGUGCUCUCAAGCAUUCAUGGUCUCAGUUUCACGAAUCCAUUACAUGAAAAACAACUUCUCUUUUCUUGAUCUCCAAAAAUGGCAACUUUGCAAGAAACCCAUCUCGAUUUGGAGGCCGGUGGAGGCGGCGGAAACCAUACCCAUCGUCAAUCAAUCACCACCAGUGUCGGAGACCGUAGCGCACGGUCAUCGGAUGCUAGUGAAGAAAGUACUACAGUCACCACUGAGAUUGUAGGUGUUGUGUCGUCAUCAUCUUCGGAGGAGGAGGAGAAAGGGAGGCAAUCCUCUGUGUCAGAUUUCUCGGUGGUGGAUCUGGAAAACGGUGGUGGUGGUGGGGUCCAUGGUGAUGGGGGCAGUAAGGUACAUUUGUCAAAAAUUGAAAGGGAUUGUAGAAUUUGUCAUUUGAGUCUUGAUUUAACCAAUCCAGAAUCUGAAAAUGGGAUUCCCAUUGAGUUAGGUUGUUCUUGUAAAGAUGAUUUAGCUGCUGCUCAUAAACAUUGCGCUGAAGCUUGGUUUAAGAUCAAGGGCAACAAAACAUGUGAGAUUUGUGGAUCAAUUGCUCAUAAUGUUGCUGGUGCGAACGAGGCUGAAUUAAUGGAACAAUGGAAUGAAGCUAACGAUGCCACGUCAGCGGCUACUGCGCCUGGUGGGACCACUGCCACCUCAUCAGAGAGUCGAACCUUCUGGCAAGGCCAUCGGUUCCUCAACUUCUUGCUUGCUUUAGUUGAUUCCAUCGAAGAAAAAACAUUCAAAAUGAGGGUUUUGAAAGACAGAUCACGUGGGUUUCUGGCUGUUUCAAGGCUGUUGUCCCUUUGGAAGGACACUUUGUUUGGGAGUGUUGUUGAAUGUUGA